UCUGGUGGAGAGACCAUGACAUCGCAUGGCAAACUGAAGAAGGAGAAGGGGAGUCUGGCAGAGUAUGAAACACAAAUCAAAGAGGUGCGCAGUCAGUUGUCCGAGCAGCUGAAGGUGCUGGAUGCACAGCUGGAGCAGAAGACCCAACAGCUGCAGGAUCUGAGUGAAUACCUGCGCAGACGUGGCGAGAUCGAGACAGAGUAUGCCCGUGCAUUGGAGAAACUCACAGAGAAGUUUACUGUUAAGACCAAGAGAAAGGAGCAGUUGGACCAGUCAGUGGCUCACUGCUGGUCGGUCCUUUUGACCCAAACUCGUCAGGAGAGUCGAGACCACAGUUGUCUGAGUGAGAUAUGCAGCAACACACUCACACAGCGGCUCACCCACUGCAUCGAGGACACACAACGUCUGGCUAAACGGAGCAAAGAAGUUUGUCUGCAGAUGCAGGAUGAGCUGCAGAAAGUCACCACAGAGCUACAGAUGUCUUUGAAGACUUAUCAUCAGUACCACACAGACUGUCUGGCGGCUGAGGGCAAACUGAAAGAAGCCACACAAAAGGAAGAGAAGCAGACAGGCAAGUCAGCUGACCUUGGGCCUGGCCAAUUAGGAGGACAGAGAAGGAGUUCAGUGAAGAAAAUGGAGAGACUGAUGGAAAAGAGGCAGGGGAAAGUACAGGAGACUCAGCUGAAAUGUACCAAAGCUCGCAAUGACUACCUGCUCAGCCUUGCUGCUGCCAAUGCCUCUAUGAACAAGUAUUACCUACAGGAUAUCUGCACUCUCAUCGAUUGCACAGAUCUGGGGUACCACUUGUCUGUGUCACGGGUUAUGAAGAGUUACCUGUCAAACCGGUUCCGUGCUCAACAGAACCUGAAGAAUGGGCUUCAGCAGCUUGAGACUGCUGUUAACAGUUUGGACCAGGGUCAGGAUCGGGAUGCUCUGUUGCAAGCCCAUAAUGCAGCGUUCUGCUUGCCAUUCAGGUUUCAGUACCUACCCCAUGAAGGAGACCAGGUGUGUGAAGUGAGUGCAGAGUCCCAGGUGAGGUAUGAGCUGGAAACUAGAUUCCAACAGCUUCAGUCCCGCCUUGCUGCUGUUACCUUGGAAACAGAGGAGGUCAGCAAGACACUGAAAGCCACAUAUGCUGCUCUUUUGGAGAAUAUUAGUGAUGACGACUGUAACCCUGCGCCUGACAUAUCAGCUACAAUUACCCUGGAAAGUUCUGGAGAAGGGACUGGGACCAAACUCAGCCUUGCAAAACGCAGAGCCAAUCAGCAGGAGACAGAGACAUACUACUUUACGAAAGUGAAAGAACACCUCAGUGGCAGUUCUCUGGUCUCUAAACUCCAGGCAAAACAUGACCUACUGAAAGAAGCUAUACAGAAAGCUGAAGCAAUUGACAGUGAUCCCUCCAGAAUGCCCCCUGGUAGGUCAGUGCGUGUGCGGAGGGCAAGACCAUGUUCCCAGUACAACCACAAACUCUUCACUGGAGAUAUGCUCUCUUUUAUCCAGAGCUCUGGGCAGCAGAUCCCCCUUGUGGUGGAGAGCUGUAUCCGCUUCAUUAACCUGCAUGGUCUCCAUCAUGAAGGUAUAUUUAGAGUACCAGGUUCCCAGAGUGAAGUCAACCACCUCAGAGAUGCAUUUGAAAGAGGUGAAGACCCUCUCACUGACAGUGAGUGUGAUAUCGACUCAGUGGCAGGUGUCCUGAAGCUCUACUUCAGGGGUCUGGAGAAACCCCUUUUCCCUGAGGAGUCUUUUGGACAGCUCAUGGAGUGUGUCCAGAUUGAGAAUAUGACUGAGAGAGCAGCUCAGAUUAAGGCAAUCAUCUCCACUUUCCCGAGACCAGUCGUCAUUGUGAUGCGAUAUCUGUUUGCUUUCCUACACCAUGUCUCUCAGUACAGUGAUGAGAACAUGAUGCAGCCGUAUAACCUGGCCGUGUGCUUCGGGCCCAGUCUGUUGAGAGGAGCUGAGUCUGGUGAUGCUGUAACUUUACAGCCACAGAUUAAUGCCCUGGUUAAGACCAUGAUCCUCCAGCACGAGAGCAUCUUCCCUGGGCCAGCGGAGCUCAAAGGACCUGUUUAUGAGAAAUGUAUGACCCUGGAACAGGAAUACUGUGAGCCAAUCACAGAAGAGGGUGAGGGAGAGUCUGAGCAUCCACAUAGUGAGGAUGAGUGGGACGCAAUUGCCAUGUUUGAUUAUGUGGCACGCUCUCCAGCUGAACUGUCAUUCAAACAAGGGGAGCACCUCUUACUGCACAGCAAGGCAUCAUCUGAUUGGUGGAGAGGUGAGGUGGGAGGAGUCAAGGGCCUCAUCCCACAUAAAUACAUCAGUAUAUCUGAAAGUGCUGAGAGGAAACAUGGGAAGAGGGAGGAGAGAGGGGGAAGCACAGGGAAUCUGGCAGAAGAACAGCAGAUGGCAGAACACAGCACACGGAUGAGAGUGAACAGUGACAGUGCAUCUCUGCCUGGGAGGCAGCGUAGUGCCAGUGGUGGAGGUGCUGGUGCUGCAGUUGGAGGGUUUGGGAGUGGGAGUGGGAAUGUGAGCCCCAUCAGAAAAGUGACCAUGCAGUUGCCUGAAGGUCGACUUGUCCUGCCUCCCCCCUCGCCUGCCGUCGCCCGCCAGCCCUCAGGGCCUCAGGAGCGCAGACACACUUUGGAUAGUCUAAGACCCAGCGGUGUUGGAGCAGACAGACAGACAGUGCAAGUGGACAAGGACAUUAGUCGUCAGAUGAACUCUGUCUUUAAGGAGCUCCUGUCCCGUCAGCCACCCCUGGAUGCCUCUGUCUCUUCUCCCUCACCGUCAUCACCCUCCUCCUCCACCCCCCAGGCAGCCACCCGUCCUCCGGUCAAGAGGGGAGCGUUUAGCCUGAGAGGGAAAAACCUCUUUAAACAGGCUGACCCGCAGGACUGA